AUAGAAAAUCUACAAGACAUAGAAAUUUCUGGUUGUACUAUCAGCACAAAAAUGUUUCUGACCAUGGUUGAUGGCAAGGUGUUAUGUGCUUUAACAAAAACUUCCAGCCAAUCUUGUUGGGUCUGUGAAGCUACACCUUCACAAUUUAAAGAUAUCGAUGCCGUUCUUCGUCGCCCAGUAAAAGAAGAGUCACUGAAGUAUGGUUUUCCAGUUCUCCACGCUAAGAUUCGUUUCAUGGAAUGUGUUUUACACGUUGCAUAUCGCCUAGUGUUUAAAGAACCCCACUGGAGAGUUGAGCAAAAAAAUCAGGGCAUAAUGAACGAACAUAAAAAAUAUAUUCAAGAUGGGCUUUUUGGAACGCUAAAUGUGAAAGUCGAUCAUCCCACUCCGGGAUCGGGGAAUACCAAUAAUGGUAAUACCGCUAGAAAGUUUUUUGAAAAUAUCACGAAAGUAGCUGAAGUGACAGGUAAAUUCAUACACUAUAAUAAGGGUUGUAAAAAGUUCAAUUUAAAAAAUCUAUAAAUUCCAAAUAAUUGUGAUCUGUGAAUUACAAUUAUUUAAGUUCACAAAUCAAUAAAAUUUUUUGAUUAAAUUGAUUUUAAUUCACAAAUCAAAUUGA